UUUAUUCCAUCGUGACUGCCUGCUUUGGCAGUUAUUUUAGCAACAAAAGCACUUUAUUUCUGCUUGUUUUGAGGAAAGAAAAUAUCGACAACUCUUCAAACAGCAUGGCUGGCCUUUGUAAGCAUCUGGUGAACACCAUGGCCUCCAGGUUGAACAGUUCAUAUUGGUUUACAAUAAGAGGUCUUGCAGCCGCUGUAUCAAACUCUCAAGUCAGUGCUUUCUCCACUUCAUCACCUUUGGUGGGCAGAACGCAUUACUCAUUUAUGAAGAUCCCUCGUAGUAUUCCUAACAUGCCAGUACCUAGAUAUCUAAAAGAUGGCACAAUGAGACGACACAAAGGCAGGUCUGGGAGAAACCAUUCAGGCAAGAUAUCAAUACGCCAUCGUGGUGGGGGGCACAGUCAGACAUAUAGGAUUAUAGACUUUGUACGUGCUCCUUUUAUGAAGGGGGCCGAGAAUCCACCUCUCAUUAAGGAAAAAGUUUUACAAGUGGGGUAUGACCCAUGCAGAUCUGCUAGGAUCGCCUUGGUAGCUGGCAAUGGAAGUAAUAGGCAAAAAUUACUGAUUGCUCCUGAUACUGUUCAAGUAGGGGAUAUUGUUACGUCUCACAGAGGUAAACCAGAAUCCUUAGCUCUUCUUAAACCCGGCGAUGCCUACCCUUUGAAAUAUUUACCCAUUGGAACUGUGGUCCAUAAUAUUGAGUUAAAACCAGGUAAAGGUGCACAGCUUGCAAGGGCUGCUGGGACAUCAGCACAGCUUAUUCGUAAAUCCAAAGAUACUGCAGUAGUAAGACUACCAUCCAAGGAAGAAAAGGUUAUCAGUGAUCUGUGUAUGGCUUCUGUUGGAAGGGUCUCUAAUAUUGAUCGAAAAAACCGGGUGAUAGGAAAGGCUGGAAGGAAUAGAUGGCUUAACAGGAGACCCAAGGGACAGACUGGUAUUGAUAGAACACACUGGAAGAAGAAGAGAGUCUAGGAUAUUGUCAUUUCAUAUCAAUCACAUGUCAAAGUUAGAUUUUUAACAUGGAUUUUGUGUGCAGUGACCAGAGAGAGUUUUUUUGGGCAUCUGUUAAACUUCUGAAAAUAAAUUUAGUAAAUUAACAGAAUGAGAGCAAGAUA